AUCAGCUGAGUUGGUCGAUACCGCCCCAUCAUGACUGUCAUGACCGCGGCACUUUGUUUUGAUGCGCUCCUCUUGUAAAGUACAAGAAACAUGUGCUGUCCGUCUCCUUUUUUAAACCACAUUGACGUGAAGGAUGUACGGAUAUUUACGUCACCCUCGGCGCUUGUUUUCCCAUUGACCGAUUUGUGAGAACAUGCUCCCCUCCGACUGACUCGAGUCAUGGAUCCCGAGGAGAUAGAACUGCAGAACGACUACCGAUAUCGUAACUAUGCCUCAGUCAUAGAGAAGGCGCUGCGAAACUUUGAAUCUUCGAGCGAAUGGGCGGACCUCAUCUCCUCUUUGGGCAAGCUAAACAAGGCCCUGCAGAGUAACCUGCGCUACUCCCUCUUGCCUAAGAGGCUGAUUAUCGGCAAACGUCUGGCCCAGUGCCUGCACCCGGCCUUACCCAGCGGCGUACACCUCAAGGCUCUAGAGACUUACGAGGUCAUCUUCAAAAUCAUCGGAACGAAAUGGCUUGCCAAGGAUUUGUUCAUUUACAGCUCUGGCUUGUUCCCGCUGUUAGGCCAUGCGGCCAUAGCAGUGAAACCUGUCCUGCUCACACUGUAUGAGCGUUACUAUCUUCCACUGCAAAGGGCUUUGCUGCCCAGUCUUCAGGCCCUUAUAACAGGACUACUACCCGGCCUGGAGGAGGGACUGGAGGUCAAUGACAGGACUGAUGCCUUGCUGCUUAAGCUGUCUCUUCUGGUGGGUCAGCAGGUCUUCUACGGAGCGCUGUGGGGUUCCAUACUUGUCAGUCCGAUAGCACGACUGCCCGCCACUGUCUUUAUUGUCACACACUUCGACCGCACCUUACCCUUGCAACAGCAGAAACACAUGCUCGGCUACGACCAUCGCUUGGUGGUGAGGUCUGUGUGUCUUUCCUUGCAAGACUCAAAUGUGCUGGUGCAGAGAAACAUGCUUGAAAUCCUGCUUUUCUUUUUCCCGUUUGCCAAAUGCCUGGACCCAGCUGAGACCAGUAUUGUUAUGAGCAAAGAUGACAUGACCAGGGUGGUUUCCGCGGCGUUACUUACAUUACUCCGCAGGGACAUGUCCCUCAACAGGCGUCUCUACGCGUGGCUCCUAGGCACAGACACAAAAGGGGAAAUGGUUGCACCACAUCCGACCCUGUCUACUUCAUCGGAGGAGCACAUGUUGUAUUACUUCAACAAAUACUCUUGCAGUUUUAUUGUGCAGGGUCUGAUUAACAUCCUCAAACAGAAAGAUGUGGAAAGCAAACCAGAGAAUGUGAUCGGCUACCUCAGGCCUUUUCGCAUCAUUACCAGCCUGCUGGAUAAACCGGAGUUGGGUCCAGCUGUCUUGAGCAAUGUGCUGCUGGAGGUGGUGCGAGCUUUUUACAGCUACUGUCGAGAGAUGGUGGGGGAGAAAGCGAUCCCCGGCUCGGGGCUGUCAAGCAACCAGUUGGCCAGCAUGAUAAAAGCGAACAAGAAUGCAUCCGAGAUCAUAAAGACGAUGAAUAUGCUCGUGAGCUCCAUGAACAGCGAAUACCUGUGGGAGUACAUGACUCAGCGCUUCUGCACUUCUCUCAGUGACAAAGCUGAUGAUCUGCCUACACCUCGAGACAUCGGUUGUCCUGCUCCCUCUGUCACGGAAAUGUCCAAUCUCAUAAUUUUUCUGCUGGAUGUUCUUCCUCUGGAGCUCCAUGCUGAUAUCCAGUCCCACUUCCUACCUGAGAUGUUGGGCGUCAUGCUGCGGACCCUGCGCAGCCACAUUGACUCUGUUAGCUUGGAGGAUGUUACACAAGGCCUGCGUGCUUGCUUCAAAGUCUUGAGUAAGAUCCAAAUGCCUGUGGCCUUCAUGGACUUUGAGGCAGGAGCCCACAUAGAGGACACAGAGUUAGAGGUGCAAGAGGAGGAUGGCAGAAUGAUUCAGGAUAUCGAGGACGAAGAAAGAGAUGGCAGUGAUGGAGAUAGGAAUGGUCACCAUGGUGAUGAAGAGUCCAACAGAGAUGGGGUUGAGGCAGAGCCUGCAGAUGGCGUCUACCCGACACUCCGAUCAGAGGACAGCGGGCUGGGGAUUAGCGCCUCGCCAUCAGAGCAGCAUCUCCCACCUGUCAUGGGCUCCAAAGGGAAUGGCAAAGCUGGUAAUGGAGUGUGGAGAAGGGGAGGCAGCGUCAACACCACAACCCAAUGUCUACAGGACAUCCUGGCCUUUAUAGCCGCAAGACACCUGCUGGUACAGGUUGAGGAUGUUGGAAGACAGGAGGAAAAGCCCCAGCCGACUGCCCCUGUGGAAAAUAAGACAUUGCUACUAAGCCUAGGAGGAUUAGAAAUUAAAGACAAACUGACAGAACUCUUCACUCCUAACAAAGUCAAAACUCAGCCUGGGUCAAAUGCCCAGCUGUCCAAGAAGAAAAAAGAACGUGGGCAAUGUCUGGAUUGGACUGCUGGCUACAGGCCGCGGGGCAGGGCUGAGAUUUCUGAGGCGUGUCGACAGGCCUUUACGGCCACCUGUCACCUGCUGCUGGAGUGUACCACCUUUCCUGUUUACCUGAGCGAAGAGGAGACUCUGGAUGUACACACGGACAUGUUCGGUCAAACAGGAGGUGAUGUGGAGAGCUUGCCGAUGUGGCUCAGGUCGUUGAUGACGCUCUGCUGCAUGUCAAGGGACUACAAAGUUCAACACACAGCCGUGUCCUCUCUAUUGGAGCUCAUUAACCACUCCCAGUCCUUAGCAUUGGUUAUCCAGGACAAGAGGAGACGCUACCAGAUGUCAGACUCCAACCCGCUGAGUGGGCAGCUGCAGAUGAUUACUGUUCCCCCCAUUUACCCUGCUUUGCUUUAUGCGAUAGAGGAGGGCACAGACUUCUAUCAGAGGGUAGCCCAAGUGCUUUGGAGCCACCUGGACACCGAUCGUCGUGAACAGCACACUUCCUGCGUGGAACUCUUUUACCGGCUUCACUGUUUGGCUCCAUCAGCAACCAUCUGUGAGGACAUUAUCUGCCAGGCACUAUCGCACAAGGAAAAGGCUGUUAGGUUUGAAGCCCUACACCGCUUCACAACCCUCUGGCACCUGACCCGUGAGGUCCACGCAAACAGAAACAGUCGCUCCUUUGACAGAUCUUUGUGUGUUGUGGUGGAGAGUCUUAGCAGCACAAAUGGCUCAAUAAGUGCAGCAGCUCAGUGCUGGCUAGUCCGAGCUCUGUCCCUCAACGACGUGACCCGGAUCCUGGAGCCCAUCCUGCUCUUGCUGCUUCACCCGUCUACUCAGCGCUGCUCCAUUCAGACUAUCAAACAAAAUCUCACCGCUGGCAACCUAAAAAUUCGAAGCAACAGAAGCCGGUGGUCCGCCAAGGCGUCUGGGACAUUAGUGGAUGGCGUGGCUACUGAGGUCAACACCUUGAAUGUCCACGACAUUGUGGACCGGGAAUCACUGUGGCUCCAAUUAGACAGUGGUCCAGAGGUGUCCAGCCCAGGGGAUGCUUUGCUGCUAUCCAGGAGUGACAGUGAGGAGACUCAGGAGGAGGAUGAAGAGGAAGAGGAAGAAGAGGCUUCCAAGAGCGAGAACACUGAAUCAGCUGACACCAGCGGUGCCCAAGUAUCUACAGAGAACUCCGGCUCUGGCACCGAUGAAGGAGGAAUGGUGAACGGCCUGCAGAGGGUGGAGUCCGAGCGAACGCAGGCAUCCGAUUCGCUGUCGAGUGAGGACGACGAGGACCUCGAGCUGGAGGCCAUGGCCAGAUCUCGUCUGUUAAAGCAGGAGCGUGAAAAGAAAGAGGCCAUCGAAUCGCUCUUCCAUCAUGUGCUUCUUUAUCAUGGGACGGGAGGCUGGCGCCAUUUGCUCCAAGGCUUGGCACUGCUUGACAGCCUGCUGAGGAGCAGCGCCGAGUGCCCUCUAGUGGAGGCACUCUCAUCCACAUCCCUGGACACCAGCUCAGCUUCUCACUUAAACCUGGUAUCCAACCUCCUGCAGCGCCACCAUCAGGCUCAGGAUGGCAAGAGCUUCCACGGCUCUUUGCUCUCCCCUUCGUCCUCCCCCUCCGUGCCCCCAUCACUUCUCAUUGAGCUGCUGAUGAACUUGUGCCUGCGAUUUCUCUGCUCUCAUUACCCUUCUUACCUGAGCCUCGGCCCGCUUGAUUUGCAGGGGAACAGGGAGGUUCAGGUGAAGAGCGUGGAAGUGUUGACGCGCAUGGUGAACCAGCUUACCUGUAUGGCACAAAGGCAGGAGGGGAGCCUGGAACACAUUCGCAAACUCCUGGCGGCAUGUAAAGUGCAGCAGUAUGCUCUUCUUACACUCUCAGCCUCCAUGUAUAUAAGCCAAAGGGGAACAGACAAGGGAACAUCCAAGGUUCUGCAGCUGAUGGGCGAAGAAGGCGGCCUGUCGGAGGAGAGUCUUGUCAAUGUUGGAAAGGGAGAGGGACAGGAGCAAUAUCCCUUGCAGAUGGAAUUACUGAAACUCCUCCAGGCUCUCAUAGUCUUGGAAUACCACGUUUGGCCCAGCGGGGCUCCGGCUGCGACAGCAUCAGGCGGCACGUCCGGUCAGCAUGCGGAAUCCCCAAAUGGCAGCAACGCACUGACCCGGGGGUGGCACACCACAGUUGUGUUCCAGCAGUCCAUCAAGGCGGCCCAGUAUGUCCAAAGCCACCACAUCACCGCUCAAGGAAUGUUUGUUUCUGCCGCUGCCAGAGCUCUGCAACCACAAUACGGCUACACCAUGCACCCCCACUGGGUGUCGCUGCUGUGCUCUUCUUUGCCAUACUUGGGGCGCUCAUUGGGCAUCAUUGUAGCCCCUCUCUUAAAUCAGAUUUGUAGGAACUUGGAUGAACUGGUUAAGCUUCAUGAACAUGACGGAGGAAAGGCAAAUCAGAGCGCGACAGGUCGGAGGGAAAACAUAGCACCAGACUACCCGCUUACCCUUCUAGAUGGUAUGACCACCAUCACACACUACUGUCUACUUGACAACAAGAGAUCCAUGGUAGCCUGCGACUCCGUUGACGUCCGCAACGCACGCAGCGCUGUGAUUGAGGCGCUGCCGCACAUGCUCAGUACCAUGGCGUUGCUAUGGGGCGUAGUUAUGAAGGAAGAGUUCCACAAGCGAGCACCUGACACUGCACAAAGUAGCAAGCACAGUUCUUCAGUCUUCUUUAAAAGCACCAAGAUUCUACGCCAGCGGAUAUUACAGUUCCUGGUUCCUCUCACUGGCCAGUAUGGCGUUCCACUCAUGGCUUCAGUUGGAGCAGCGUGGAGCAGCCGGAAGAGUAAAAGGAGGCACACGAACAAUGUUUUACCUGUGGCGAGUGAGUCUCGUCUUACUAUAGUGGAUCUGGUAAAAUCAUUGAACGCCUUGCACACAGACACCAUCCUACAGUUGGUCAAAGAGGUGGUGAAAAAGCCUCAUCAGCUUAAAGGAGAUCAGAAGUCAACUCUGGUGGACAUUCCAAUGUUGCAGUUCACUUAUUUCUAUAUCAAGAGCGUUAGCGCUCAAGUCUUGCAGGAAAACAUCGCCCCUCUCCUCAGUCUUCUACGGGAGUCUGUCCAACUGAACCUGGCUCCACCUGGUCACUUCUUACUGCUGGGGAUCCUAAAUGAAGUUGUGAACCGACUCCCCAACCUGGACAAUAAGAAGGAUACCCGAGAACUGCAGGAGGUGACUCAGCGCAUCCUGGAGGCCGUGGGCGGAAUCGCGGGGUCAUCUCUCGAGCAGACCAGUUGGCUUAGUCGCAGCCUGGAGGUAAAAGUUCAGCCGCAGGUUUGCCCCGAAGCGGACGAGCCUGAUGACGCGGAUUUGGACGGCGAUCAUUUCGAGUCCGUGGCUCAAGCCAGCACAAUGGUUUCAUCCUCGGCUCCCUCAGCUUACAGCGUACAGGCCCUUGUACUCCUGGCUGAGAUCUUGGCACCACUUCUUGACAUGGUAUACCGGAGUGACGAGAAGGAGAAAGCAGUUCCGCUCAUUUCCCGUCUCAUGUACUAUGUGUUUCCCUACUUAAAGAAUCACAGUGCCUACAACAUGCCCAGCUUUGAGGCUGGUGCCCAGCUACUGAGCAGCCUGAGUGGUUAUGCGUAUACCAAGAGGGCCUGGAGGAAAGAAGUGUUUGAGCUCUUCGUGGACCCCCUCUUCUUCACAAUGGAUGCUUCCUGUGCACCCAGUUGGAAAUCCAUAAUUGACCACCUGCUGACUCAUGAAAAGACCAUGUUUAAAGACCUCAUGAGCAUGCAGAGCAGCUCCUUGAAACUUUUUUCCAACAUGGACCAGAAACCCAUGCUCCUGAAGCGCCAGGCGUUUGCGAUGUUCAGUGGAGAACUGGACCAAUAUCAUCUUUAUCUUCCCCUCAUCCAAGAGCGUCUCACGGAAGCUUUACGGAUGAAUCCUAGCCCUGCUGUGUCUGCUCAGAUGUUCCUGAUGUUCCGUGUUCUCCUGCUGCGAAUUUCAUCUCAGCACCUGACAUCUCUUUGGCCGAUCAUGGUCACAGAGCUGAUUCGCAUAUUUGCGCGUCUCGAGAAAGCUCUGCUGGAAGAUAAAGAUGUCUCUAAGCUGGCUAAAGUCGUACGUGGAGCCCUUGACAGAAACACUCCAGUUAAUUUCUCUCAAGCAGAGUUGGAUUUGUACCUGUCAGCUUGCAAGUUUCUGGACACCUCCUUGGCUUUUCCGCCAGAGAGGAUACCACUCUUUCAGAUGUAUCGCUGGGCAUUUGUGCCUGAGGUGGAUGUGCGUCACUACAGCGGUCCAGAGAGUACACUGAUAGAAGGACAACAGGAAUGCAAGCCCCAUGUUGUCCAGAUAUUACAAGGAAUACAGCAACGUUAUGGGGCUUUAAAUGGGCUUAGUGAGGAAUCCACAACGGAAAACCUGGAGUUCCCCCUUCUCACCCAGGGCUCCUUGUCCUCCAUCACCCAGUUGCUGCCUUUCCUUUGCACACUGUGCUGUUUUUUCCAGGCUCCAUCCUCCUCCCACAGCCUCCCACAGCCCCAAGUCCAGGUAGCAGACUACCCUGCAGGUGGUGCGGACGGCGUGUUAAAGAGGCUGGAGCACAUCAUUGAGGAAGAGUUCCUGGACACCAUGGAGAAUUAGAACUAAGGAAAUUAAUGGAAUUUUAAAAAUUGGCACAACCGCUUUGUUGUUAACCAUUUGAUGCUAUGUGUUUUCUUUAAACUGAUCUGCACAUCAAUUUAUACGUGUAUGUGCAAAGUGCGUUGAAUAUGGGGAUGUGCAUUAAUCAUGUCCAAAUAACUAUGUAAAAAGUGAAGUUUGCAUAUGAGUAUUUUUGGCAAAUCACACUCGAAAGGUAAACAAGUGUUAAAAUGCAUACAUUUUUUUAAAUAUUCAAUUUAUGUGUUCUUGAAUGCAAAUGAGCAAAUCCAGCAGUUUUCUUCCAACAUUUCGUGUUCUAAUAAUUGACCACAAGAAUGUUAUGACUCUUUGUCUUGAGGAAUCUUCUCUUGAUUGUUAUUGUCUAAAACUCAAUGGACCUCACAGUCAAGCUUAGUUUAUUGUUGUUUACAUGCCAGUUGGAUGUUAAGGGAAGUGUGUUAAAAAUGUACUAGUCCUUGCUCCCCCCCCCCCCCCCCCCCCUCAAUCAGUUUGGAAUGUUUACGUUUUCCUUAAAUUAUUCCUCAUGUCAAAGGUUUUGAUUAACAUAAAUGUUGAAUAAAGUGGUUUCGUUGUUU